AUGACGCUGCUUUCGAAGAGUAUUAUACGAGGGUUACGUAUAUUUUCAGGUACAUUUUAUCUACUUUUCACGUUGAUAUCAAUACCCAUGUCAUUCAAAAUUGGCGGUAUGCAUUGUGGGUUGUCAUUCACUGUAACGUUAUUCAUUGCAUAUUUCUUAUCUACGACUUUAAGUAUACUGGCCAGGCAAAGCGGUAGCAGGUUUUAUAUUGUUUUAACGAGUCUUAUCUACUAUUGCCAGCAUCUUAUUAUUGCUUCACUACUUUAUUUCUUCCUUUCAGGAUUUUCCAACGAUGAACUGCACAGAGUAUUAAAGGAUGGAACAGAGAAGAUUGAAGUCCUUGUCGCCAAUCAAGAUCUCAUGGUUUCUGAGUCAAAUUGGUUGCUCUACUGUUAUUAUUACUCAUACGUCGUGAAGCCUUGGAAGUUUGUUCUUUCUUACUCGACCCCAUUUUUCGCCUUAGCUGAGGGGUUUUUCACUAUCCUAGCAAUACAGGCAAUCGGAGAAACAAACAGAUGGUUAUCUGACGAGAAAAACUCGAAUUCCUGGAUCAUCUCAUCUCUAUUAGCCUCCAGUGGAGUUGUCACAGCUUCUCUAUACUAUCUUUAUAGAAUUUACGUCACUCCAAUUUGGGAACUUUCUGCACAAACUGCAACUUUACUAGGAUGUGUCUUAUCGUUAACAUUUGGAUUGGGGAUUCAUGGUAUCAUCUCUGAAAGAGGAUCAGUUGUGGAAAGUUCCCUGUUUUUUGCUUACAUAGUUCGUUGUAUCUAUGAAAUAUCACCAAAAUUGGCCACUACAGCAACAGACGAAAUAUUAGAGCUGUUCAAAGAAGUAUGGCAAGAGCAUCAAGGUAAAUUACCAAUUACAGACAAUAUACUGAAUUAUUACCGUAGUGUGAUUUUGAAAAACACUGAAAUGAUAUGGGAAGCAUUUUUAUCAAAAACGAAGCAACAUUCAAACCAUACGCUUAAUUCAUUUUUCACUGCAGAAAAUUUCUGGAUUCAUUUUAAUCCAUUGUGGAAAUUUUUUAAAAACUUCACCAUUUCAGUACCUUUCUCAAUAAGCGAAUUAAGUGGAAUGAUGUUGCAAAUGGCCUCAGAAUCGAUAUCCCCCGCGGUAGUCGUCAAUUUGUGCUUUAGGGUUCUGAUUUUUUACUCUGCAACAAGAAUAAUACCAUCGCUACAAAGAAAAGAAGUUAGAGAUUCAAGAAAGAGUCGUCGUAUUAUGAAAGUUUUAUAUUGGUACAGUCCAUGUAUACUGAUUGCAAUGUAUACACAUCUGAUCUUGCAAUAUUCUGGUGAAUUGAAAAGAGAAUUAUACCUUUGGGGCCCAGAUUCGAAAUUAUCAUUUUUAGUAGACAAAGAAGAGAAUAAUAUUGUUGUCGAUUCAUGGAGUUUCUGGAAUUGGUGUAACAUUUUCUGGACCAUACUUAUUUAUGGCGGCGAAUUAUUUGGGACACCUACCGCUGAUUGA